CCGUUGACCAUCAUGUCGCUCGAACAGGUGUCGUCCAACAAAGUCUGCGAGGGAGAACUCGUCAAGUACAAGUUCCAGUCCGCAGCGUUAGGCGGGUUGACCGCACAGUUCAACCUAUUCCUGCCUGUGAACGCCAAAGAGGGGAAGGUGCCCCUGCUCACGUACCUGGCUGGCCUCACCUGCACGGAGGACACUGGCGCCCAGAAAGGUGGAUUCUUUCGCGACGCAGCAGCGGAGGGUCUUGCCCUUCUCUUUCCAGAUACCUCUCCCCGCGGCGCAGGAAUUGCAGGUGAAGACGAUGACUGGGAUUUCGGUACUGGAGCUGGAUUCUACAUCAAUGCCACAAACGAGAAGUAUGCAAAGCACUACCGCAUGCUUGAACAUAUCACCGUGGAACUUCCCCGAGUCAUUGAGAAGGCCGAGUUGCCCAUUGAUUUCACUAGGCAAUCGAUCUUCGGACACUCCAUGGGUGGACAUGGCGCGCUUACGCUGUACCUCUCUUCUCUUUUGAAAAACAAGCAAUACCGCUCUGCUUCCGCUUUUGCUCCCAUUUCUAACUCGACUAAAGCACCGUGGGGCGAGAAGGCAUUCAAAGGAUAUCUCAAAGGCGGCAUUGAGGAGGCCAAACAAAGCGGAUACGAUGCGACAGAGCUGAUCAAGCAGCUCGGCAAUAAGGAAUCUGUUCACAUCCUCGUCGACUUUGGUACGGCCGAUAAGUUCUAUAACGACGGUCAGCUCCUUCCAGAAAACUUCCAAGCCGCCGCAAAGGACGCAGGAUACGAUGACGUGCAAGUCCGAGUCCGUGGACACGAAGGAUACGAUCAUUCCUACUAUUUCAUUUCUUCCUUCGCCUCAGAUCACAUCCAUUUCCACGCAAAUUUUCUCAAGGCCUGACUUCUCAUCGAGACACCUUCUGGCGUGGGGGAUACAGCAGAUUGCCUGGUUGAUCGAAUACUUCGUUGACGUGUACGAAUAGUUAGCUCAAGGCGGGACAGCGUACCACCAGAGACAUGCUGAGAUAGGGUACAAGGGAAAUUUUACAUGUUUACC